UUUUUUUUUUUUUUUUUAUGUGCAGGUGGGCCCCAUCCCGUUUGACCAUGCAACACGGAGGGUGCUCUUCUCAUCAAAACAAUGGUCAAGGCUCUCACACAGCAAUGCAAGUUGGAGUUCAGCCCCUCUCCAAGCCAUCAGACUCGGGACUGUCGGCCAUCACUGAAGGCAAGCAUGGGGCGGCCAUGAAACCCAUUCGGGCCAGCCGUGGCCCCAGACCACGUAUGCAUGUGGGGAAAGUUACCGGACAGCAGGCUGAGAUUCUCCCAGAGGUAGCCCCAACUAAGCGGGUCACCGUUUUCGAGGGCCGACCCCUCAAUGUUCCGGACAGAGCGCGCACCCAACCCGUGGACGUGUCAGAUUCUGAUGAUGACUCUGGCGCUUGGGAGGACCCGAAUUCUUGGUGGGACCUCGACAAUAGCGGGAUAGUGAACCUCCCCCCUUGCGUCCAAGACGAGGACCUUGCCGUGGCACGUAGUCUGAUCGGUGCCGAGUGUUCAUCGAAAAUCCCGGAGGCUACUGAAGUACUGAGUGAUCCCCCGGUCCCUUAUUUUGGGGUCCAUAUCCGCUCUCUGGAGUUAGGGAUGGUUGUGCCUCUGCAUCCUUUUCUGGUUCGAUUUCUUCACUUCCUGGGUGUGGCACCGGGCCAACUGGCUCCGGCGGCUCACAUGUUCGUGGCAGCUUUCGUGGCGCGGUGCGAGGACGUGGGCAUCACUCCCACAAUCGAUUUGUUUUUUAGCUGCUUCCAGUGGCGCGCCUCCAGCUUUUUUGCCUCAGUCUCCCAGAGGCCGGUGAGCAAGCUAUUCCGGUCGGGUUACCCUGACUCAGGUAGCCGAUGGAAGAAGAGGUGGAUCUGGGUGUCUGACCCUACCCUUCCAUCACCUCCUUUCCAGUGGGGUGAGCGGCUCCAGAAGUGUGAUCGGGUCGCCCUUUCCCCUGACCUCAAGUCAUCCAUCGAGGUGUUGUCCGCAGGCGGCCCCCGCUCCAUCAGCUCAUACUUAGAUGUGCCCGAUAGGCCUGAGAAACAUAUCGUCGGUGCCGAAUCCGAUGAUGAUGACGAAGAAGCCCAGCCAUUCAUCGCUCGUGUAGCUCCCACGGCCACCAAGGAAAAAGAGCAUGGAGCUCCCCCAAACCGUGUAGCACAGAUUCCGAGGAGGGUGAGGGUUACCUUUGGGCCUCAGCCUGUCGCACCAGCGAAGAAGAAGCAGAAGAGGGAUAUUGUCGACUUACUGGUCGAAUUGGAUGAGUCUGAUGACGAGGAGGUGGAGCCUCAUGUAGCCGCUGCUCCUGUGCUCCCCCAGGUCGCUGCGGGGAAAGGGCACGGAGCCCCCCCGUGCCGAGAGGGGCAUGUUUUGGAGGGGGCGACUGUCACCCCGGAAUUCCAAUCCACCGGGCAGGUGCAUGAAGAUGCUGGUGAGAGGAUGGCUGAGCGGGUUAGCUGCGACACUCAGCACACAGUUGCUUACACAUUCCCAUCUCCGAGUGCCUCGAUCCUGCACGAGGGCUUCCCGGUUGUGGACUAUGCUUCAGCGAUCUUGCCGCCGGGUGACCUCGCACGUAUGACCUCCCAGGGGUUUCAACCCCUCUUGGAGGGUUCCAUUCGGACCCAUGUUGAUGUGAGUGGCCGAUCACAUCUCCGGCAUACUUUGUUUUACCCCUCGAUUCCAUCAUA